AUGCAGUACUCCGAGGUGGCCAUGAUGUUGGUAAGGCAGCCAGUCGUCUGCGUUUUUGCCAUGAUAACGGCCAUGUUGGUGCUCAGUUUGCUUUGGGCUUUGCCUCACAUAAACGAUGAAAGGCUGUACGAUGUACCACCUUACCUACGUGUCUCAUCGUCAAUAAAGUCAAAUUCAAGUGUCUGUCAGCCUAACACCAACAUUGCUUUCAUCAAAACCCACAAGACAGGAAGCAGUACCGUCAUGCAAAUUUUCCAGCGCUUCGGCUAUCUUCGCAAUUUCUCGUUCUUGUUGCCGAAAGGGUCGAUCAACCAAUUGUAUCCGUUCGGCAUUCGGGACCGUAUGUACCUCCCGGCGCCGAUUGAGGGGAGACCGUUCGACAUCUUGACACAUCACACGGUCUAUGAUAGAGCGGGGAUAACGCAACUACUCUCUGCUAACGUCACUUUUGUUACCAUCGUCAGGGAACCGUUGGAACGGCUGAAGUCUGCCUUUAACUUUUACAAGCUGGCAACGAGGUACAAAAUUCCCGGACCAGACCCCCUGCUAAGGUUCCUGGAAAAUCCAGGAAAAUUUGAACAUCACAUAACAAGAAACGCAGAAACAGAACAGGUUUUGCUACCGCAAACCUGUAAUAACAUCGCCUUAGAAUUGGGUUUUCCCCUGAAGAGUCUAUCAUCCGUAAAGGAAAAGGACAUUCGGGAGUUUGUCGAGAAGAUCUCGCGAGAGUUUGACCUCGUGAUGGUGCUGGAGUAUUUCGAUGAGUCGUUGGUGCUGCUGAGGCGGCUGCUGUGUUGGGACAUGCGAGACAUUCUCAACUUUAAAUACAACAGUUUUCAGUACGGGAAACUGGGAAACACGUCCUUCUCGGAGAAGCUGAUACAAAACUAUCGCCAGCACUCCGCCAUUGACUACGCUCUGUACGAACAUUUCAACCGCACGCUAUGGAGCAAGAUCAACAAGGCUGGGAGCGACUUCCGGGAAGAGCUGGCCCACUUCCGGUGGCUACAGACGACAAUGAAAACUGAGUGUAUUCGAAAGUUUGAUAACUUUUCUGCUGUUUACAUAGGUAAAACUGCCUGGAAUGCUGAAUUUUACAUCGACUCGACGUUCUGUACCUGGAUGAAGAUAUUUCACGUAUGUUAUCUGACGUUACUGCAGGACAGGAAUCUCAGACAUCGUGACAAAAGUCUUAGAAUUCAGCAAUACAGACAACCGUCGGGGUCAUGUGGGUUGUAUUGCAAACCAUACUGCAUCCUGUGCACGGAAAUCAAGAAGCAAUGCACCCACCACGAGUACGUCACUCAUCUAUACCAGGAAGGUCUCCUCGUGCCGGACCAGUCGAGCUCGGCAAAAUUAACGAAUCCGGUGCCGCAUCAUGGAGGGAAACCGGAACCGAUUUCUUGAUCCUGGCGUAGGCCUUGCCAUGAGUGUGUAUGAAGAACUAUGAGGGGUUGUUGUUCUCCCCUAGUCCUUUUUAGAUGUUCGUUACGAGAAGUAAUAAAACACGCAGAUACAUGUCAUGUUCCGCACACACAGGAGGCUCCCUAAAUAUUGAAAUAGUUAUCUUUAUGAAAAAUGGAUUAUAUAGUUUUGGGUGUGUCUGUGUGUCGUGUCUGUGUUUCCAGAUUUUUGUAGUCAGCACAAUUCAAGAGCCUCUGGAUGGAUUAUGAGGAUAUUUCGUUGGUAGGUGUUGGGAAGACAAAGGUCAAAGCCGGUUUUGGCCCUCCUAGGAUAUGCCCUUGGUACUGCAGCAGAACUUCCAUUUCUGGAUCUUCUGACCUGGACAUGCUAUGGUCUUGAUUUCUUGGUGGCAGUUAGCUUUUGGUGUGAGAAAGAAGUAGUGUAUGCUUUGGCCCGCUAGCAGCUUGCUCUGGAACUGCAGGUGCAUUUUUGUCAAAAUAUCCCAAGGAAACGACGGAGUAU